AGUCAUCGCUCCACCGACGUUUGCGAUCUCAGUUCGUUUUCAACAUGCGUGCGCUUCAGUACCUCCUGCUACUGCUCGUCAUCUCCGUCGGUUUGGCGGCAUCGGUGCCGCGCCAGCGUCGUCAGAUCGAUCUCACGGUUUCGGCGGAGCACGACGACAAAGACGACGAGACGGAACUGGCCCUGGAGGCCAUCGCCGGUCUGUGGAGCAGUGCAGACAGCAGGACGAAGAUCGAUGGGUCCGCCCGCCUGGUGCAUCGCACACAGGGAACGCAAUCGGGUACGGGCAGCACCAGAUACCAGGCAAAACUGCAUUUGCACCAUGACUAUAAGACCAAUGCGUAUCCCUCGUAAUCCAAGGUUCCCAGCAGGACUUUCGCGUGGGAGUGCGCAUUACAUUCGACAAAUAGAGCGCGGAGUUCCAGACAUCGGCAGUCGGGGGCAAAAUCGAGUGAUUGCGUGAGGAAACGGCCAUUGUAUAGUGAAUCCCACUGACGAUAGAUAACAUUUUGACCUUCGCAGGCUUGGCUUUGUAGAAAAUAUAUAGAACCUUCGUGAAAAUACAAUAUACCCGCAUACUGUU